AUGAAGACGGGCAGCGCUACUCUUGUUGCACUCCUUGCUAUGGCGGUCCUCGCCACGGUGGCCCACGGGUCGCUGGUGAGCGUGGCGCGGGCGGUCAAGGCCAAGGCUGCGGCGGCCGGGCUCGGCGACGGCCCCCGCCGCCGUCGGGCAACGCCAAACGCCGGAACGUACGCACAGCGGUACUACGUCAACGACACGUUCUUUGACGGGACAGGCCCGGUCUUCCUCUGCAUGGGCGGCGAGACGCCGCUCUACGACGCGGUCGCCAUCACCGGCUCGUACCACUGCGGGUUCAUGGUCGAGGUCCUCGCCCGCAACCACUCGGCGCUCAUCCUCGCCCUCGAGCACCGGUUCUAUGGCGCGUCGAUGCCGCGGCCGGAUCUCUCGGUCGACUCGCUCAAGCUCCUCACCACGCCGCAGGCGCUUGCGGACAUGGCGAGCUUUGUCAAGUAUGCCUCGACCAAGUUUGGCCUCACUAGCGCCAACAAGUGGGUCACCUUUGGCGGCUCGUAUCCGGGCAUGAUGGCUGCCUGGUCGCGUCUCUUCUACCCGGAGCUUAUCCACGCCUCGGUCGCGUCGUCGGCGCCGGUCCAGGCCCAGGUCGAGUUUACCGGCUACCUCGACGUCGUCGCCGCCUCGAUGGCUGCGCCCAUCGUCGGCGGCUCGGCCGAGUGCGUCGAUGUGCUCAAGGCGGGCUAUGCUGCCGUCGGCGAGAUGCUUGCCGGCUCGGCAGCCCAGCGCGCCCAGCUCGCCUCGGAGUUUGGCGUCUGCUCGGGAGCUGCGUCGUCGCUCGACGACAAGGCCAACUGGGUCGUCUUCACCGAGUCGCUCGGCGGCCUGCUCCCAGUCCAGGAGAACGACCCGGCGUGCACUACCCCGGUCUGCGACAUUGCUUCUGUCUGCAGCACCGCGCUGCAGGUCGUCAAGUCUGGCGGCAAGCCUUACGAUGCCAUCGCGAGCAUCAACGCCAUCGCGAACGCCGGUCAGUGCCUCAACGUCUCGUACACCGGCGAAAUGGCUGCGCUCAUGGAUACUCACCCGGACCCGAACUCGGUCAACGCCAUCAUGCGCUCGUGGACCUGGCAGACCUGCACCGAGUACGGCUACUACCAGGUGUGCAACCCGGACUCGGACUGCAUCUCGGUCUCGUCGCCCCAUCUCAACGACAUCGAGUCGUACCUCGUCCAGUGCAAGCAGGCCUUUGGUGUCUCGCCGGCCGAGACCUACGCCGCUGCCAACGCCUCCAACGCCCGCACCGGAGGCUGGAACCCGCACUCAUCCAACAUCCUCUGGGUCAACGGCGCCAUCGAUCCGUGGCACGCCCUCUCCAUCAACAAGCCGGUCAACGGCAUGCCCGCCAUCUAUGUCCCGGGCGCCUCGCACCACUUCUGGACCCACCCGCCGCUCCCUACGGAUCAGCAGCCUAUCGUCGCAGCCCGGCUGGCCAUCGCCGCUCAGCUCCAGCAGUGGCUCUGA